AUGGAAGCAAAGAGGCAUAGACUUCCCAUGGGAAUCAGCCCUGACCGCUACCCACCACCACCGACGAGGAUACUGAUUCCGUCGGUGGUGACGAGAAGAAUCAUGCCGUCCCAGUCCUCGUUUAUCUCUUCACAAUACACACUUGCAUCAUUCAACUCUUUCGGCGUUAAUCGCAAUGAUGGUUCAUCUGACCUUGAAAUGUACAAAAUCACCACCGGGAAGAAGGCCGAUCAGAUCGAGAAAGUGCAGAGAGCCUCCGAAAAAUCGGCGACAGCCAGAUCAUCAGAGUUGCCCACGCGCCAAUUAUCAUCAACAGGAAGCAAGCCAAUUAGGAUGGCGGUAGCCGUAUUGGGGAAGGAAAAGGUGGGUGCCAUUCUGGGAUCAUCUAAGUUACCGAACCAUCCAGUCCCGGUGAGGAGUUGUUGGGAAGAGUACUACAAGAUAAUGCACCAGAGGGAGGGUUUUGAUAUCACCUGGGCUCCUCCUGAUGGUAAAGCACCAAUCUUACAUUAUGAAUUCCAAGGUGAUGAAGUCAAUAUUGCUAAGGUCAAUGGGAUGAUCAAGGAAUGCAUCCAAUUUUACAACCUUAACAUGUCCAGGGCACCACCAAAUACACCUAAUCAACGAUGGGAAUUGAAUACUUUUCAACCUCAGUAUCUUGUCAUUCCUUAUCGAAAUUAUCCUUGUUGUUGUGGUGAUGAUGAUUGUUGUGGUGGUGAAAGCGAUUCUGAUGAUCGUGGUGAGACAGAGGAAGAGAUGUUUGACAAGCUUAUGCAGGAUGACCAAGAGGAGGGGGAGGAGGAGAGGGAUGAGGAGGAGGAGGAGAGGGAUGAGGAGGAGGAGGAAGAGAGAGAGGAGGAGGAGGAGGAGGAGAGGGAUGAAGAAAAGGACAUUCCAAGAAUACGCAAGGGAAGAAGCAAAGAACCUGAGCGAGAGCCAUUGGGAUUAUGCCUUAUGACUUUGCUCUCCCAUGUUUGUGUUUUUGAGGUGCAGGAAGAAAAUGCAAGUCUUGGGAUUAGGCCAUCAAUAUAUGAGAUGCAGGGCGGCCUGUUGAAAAAAGUUGUGGAUGCGAUUAAGGAUUUAGUGAGCAAUGCGAAUUUCUAUUGUUCCCCUGACGGAUUCUCCAUCGAAGCCAUGGAUUCCAGCCACGUCUCUCUGGUGGCUCUGCUUCUUCGAUUGGAGGGUUUCGAGGAUUACCGCUGUGAUCGCAGCCUCGCAAUGGGAAUGAAUGUUAAUAACAUGGCUGCGGUGUUGAAGUGCGCCGGGAGAGACGACAUCGUCACGAUCACGGGCGACAAUGACGCCGCCGGCGGCGACAACGUCAAUUUCGUAAUUUGCAAGGAUCUUACAACGAUCGGCGACACGGUGACGAUUUCCGUGACGGAAGAAGGCGUGAAGUUUUGUACGAGAGGUGAUAUUGGGAGCGCGACGAUUGUUUGCCGUCAAAAUACGGCUGUGGAUAAGCCGGAGGAUGCCACCGUCAUCCAAGUGAAUAAUGAUCAACCAGUUUCCUUGACGUUUUCACUUAGGUUUUUGAAUUCUUUUACCAAAGCAAGCCCGCUGUCGAAUUGUGUAACGAUCAAUCUUUCUUCUUCUUCGGAGCAGAGUAUUGUUGCGGUGGAGUACCUGAUUGCAGAGAUGGGUUACAUCAGGUUUUAUCUGGCGCCGAAGGCUGAUGAUGGUGAAGACGAUUGA